CAGUAAUUUACGUGUUUGGUAGAUGAAGAACACAUCUGCUACAAUAAAUACUCUAUUUUUGAAUUAGUUCGUUUGUAGUUUUUAUAGUAUCCAAUUAAGAUGCCUGCUUCUCCGAGUUCUACAAAUGUCGGUUCUGGUGGAAGGUCCCCUUCGAAAGCUGUUGCUCCUCGGUCCUCCAUGGGCAGUGGAAGCGUAAGGCAAAGAAAAACAACAACGACUACGACCACAGCUAGAAGGAACACAGGUGCAGGUACUGGUGGAAUGUGGCGUUUUUACACAGACGAUUCUCCUGGAAUUAAAGUAGGUCCAGUUCCAGUUUUAGUGAUGUCGCUUCUCUUCAUUGCCUCCGUCUUCAUGCUGCACAUCUGGGGAAAAUACAGCAGAAGCAGCUCGUAGAUGAACGCCGAUAAUUCAUCAUUCCAUCGACCACUUAUUUAAUGCAUUUUUUGAAUUGUACAUUUUUUAUAUUGUUAUAAGUAUAAAAAUUUGUUUUUGA